AUGGCCCCGCCCCCCAAGAACUCGGACUCCGCCGCCGCGCUCCAGGCCGCCAUCGAUGGCAACCUCAGCCUUCUUAAGGAGCUGGCGGGCAAGGUGAACCUGCGGGAUGCCGAGGACGCCAAGGGGCGGAACGCGCUCCACUUCGCCGCGGUGAAGGGACACCUGGAGGUCUGCAGGUUCCUAGUGGAGGAAUCGGGGCUGGAUGUCAACUCCGUCUCUGGGGAAGGCCGGUUGCCGGUCCACUGCGCUGCUGCCGGGGGGAGCGACAGCGUCCUGAGGUACCUUCUCGACCACGGCGGUGACCCAGCGGUGCCGGACCACAGGCGCUCCAUGCCGCUCCAUGACGCGGCCGAGCUAGGGCAUUUCGAGGCUGUAAGGCUGCUGCUAUCCAAGGGUGUUGAUGUGGACCCAAUCAAUUAUAUUGGGACACCGCUGCACUUGGCCGCCUCCAAGGACCAGGAUCAGGCUGUGAAGAUCCUGCUGGAGCAUGGUGCUGAUCCCAAAAGAGUUGUCAAUCAUGUAUUUACACCACUCUUCAUGGCGGCAUGCUGUGGGCAUUCCUUAAAAUGCACAAAGCUACUGGUUGAGGCUGGUGCUGAUGUGAACUUUACAUGCCCCUGGGGACCAAUCAUUUUAAUGGAGGCAGUUGAUGAUGGUUUAACUGACAUUGUCAAGUUCUUAUUAGAGGCUGGAGCUGACCCUAACAUUGCUAACGAGGAUGGUAGAUUCCCAAUCAUGUGGGCAGCAGGUCAUGGGCAUCGUGAGCUUGUUGAAAUUCUAUUUCCUCAUACAAAACCAAUUCCAUCUAUACCAGACUGGAGUGUUGAUGGGAUACUUAGAGCAAUGAAAUAUUUACAUUUGGAGGUUCAGGAUGCAGCUCUGGUGGCAGAGCGGCUUGCUGAUGCCAAGUCACAAGGAAAGAAAGCUUUUGCAAACGGGGAGUACUUUGCGUCAAUUCACUACUAUGGUCUGGCAGUGGACAAAGACCCGCUUGAUGCUACCUUGUUUGCCAACAUGAGCCUAUGCUGGUUGCGGAUGAGAGAAGGGGAGCGAGCUCUGGAAGAUGCUCGAAAAUGCAAGAUGAUGCGUCCUGGUUGGUCGAAAGCAUGGUACCGUGAGGGCGCGGCUCUCAGUUUUCUGAAGAAGUACAACGAAGCAAUCCCUGCGUUCAUGCAAGCACAGAAACUUGACCCUACGAGCGAUGAAAUCGAGAAAGCGUUAAUGGAGGCCAUUGAGGUUGUGAGGAGCGCUUCUUGA